CUCAGGAGUAAAGCUUCAGCGUGUCCAAGUACUGUUGCCGAUCGAUCAGAGGACGCAUUUGUGUUGUUAUAUCGAUCGACGCUGUUUCAUUAGUGUGCGUGUGAUCAUUGAGGUUUAGUGAAACCAUGCAUUAUCAAUCAUUUGAUUGCUUACGUACGUUCAUGAACCAUUUGCUUCCUAUAUGUAGCAAAGCCUCACUGCUCCAUGUCGAUCGCGAAUCAGCCAGCACCAUCUCAUUGCAACCAAGCAGCUGGCUGCGCAAAUUUGCAAUGGCUUCUGCUGCAGCUCUGAAGGUAGCCACCGUCUGCAUGCUCCUCCUGUGCGUCGGGUCGGAUUUGGCGCGGCCGGCUCUCGCGUCUCCGCCGUCGCCGGAUGACAAGGAGGCCGCCGCCGCCCGAGCGCUGAUGCGGGAGCUCGUGGAGCACGAGAUCGCCGAGGAGCUGGGGCUCCAGGGAGCGGGACAGCACCACGUCGGCGACGUGUGCUCGCCGGCGUGCCAGACCUGCCUGAUCGUCUGCGCGGUCACGUGCGUGCUCAACCCAGCCUCGAUUGCCUGCUUCGUCAACUGCACCGUGACCAGCGCCUGCUUCGGCAAGCCGGUGGCCGCGUGAGGGUCCGCCUCGGUCGGUCGCGCCGUGUGCUGUCUCGUCUGCUUGAUCAGUUGCUGUGUCCUGUGUGCGUAUAUCGAUCCCUGUACAGCAUAGUGAGUGCUGUGUGUUGUUCCAAGUAGAUCACCAAUAAUUAAUGACCUCAGAGGCAGCAGGCUCCAUGCAUGUAUAUA